UUAUCUUCACUUUCCAAUUGGUUUUCUGUAUUUAGAUGCUUUCUGAAUUAUAAAAUCACUUGGAAACUUCACAUCAACAGAAAUGGCUAUAAAACAAAACUCUGCUCCUUCUUGAUCCUGCCUACCAGAUUCCCUCCUCCCUUGCUCUCUGGAUAGCCAGCGACUUCUCCCAGGAUGGUGACAUCAUCAGGCGACUACCCAAGAAUUAAAGUUGGGAGAACUGCUUCAUGAUAAGUUAUUUGGUCUUUUUGAAGCCAUGUCUGCUAUUGAAAUGAUGGAUCCCAAAAUGGAUGCUGGCAUGAUUGGAAACCAAGUUAAUCGAAAAGUUCUCAAUUUUGAACAAGCUAUCAAGGAUGGCACCAUUAAAAUUAAAGACCUCACCUUGCCUGAAUUAAUAGGGAUAAUGGAUACCUGUUUUUGCUGUUUGAUAACAUGGUUAGAAGGCCAUUCCUUGGCACAGACGGUAUUUACGUGCCUUUACAUUCAUAAUCCAGACUUCAUAGACGAUCCUGCCAUGAAAGCUUUUGCUCUGGGAAUCUUGAAAAUCUGUGACAUUGCAAGGGAAAAAGUAAAUAAAGCUGCUGUUUUUGAAGAGGAAGAUUUUCAGUCAAUGACUUACGGAUUUAAAAUGGCUAACAGUGUGACAGAUCUUCGAGUUACAGGCAUGCUAAAAGAUGUGGAAGAUGACAUGCAGAGAAGAGUAAAGAGUACUCGAAGUCGGCAAGGAGAAGAAAGAGAUCCAGAAGUUGAACUAGAACACCAGCAAUGUUUAGCUGUAUUCAGCAGAGUGAAAUUUACUCGAGUAUUACUGACAGUGCUUAUAGCCUUUACUAAGAAAGAGACCAGUGCUGUUGCAGAAGCUCAAAAAUUGAUGGUUCAAGCAGCAGAUCUUCUUUCUGCCAUUCAUAAUUCAUUGCAUCAUGGCAUCCAGGCGCAGAAUGAUACCACAAAAGGAGAUCAUCCAAUUAUGAUGGGUUUUGAGCCCCUUGUUAACCAGAGGCUACUUCCACCCACCUUUCCUCGAUAUGCAAAAAUAAUUAAAAGAGAAGAAAUGGUCAACUAUUUUGCAAAAUUAAUAGAUAGAAUAAAAACUGUCUGUGAGGUUGUGAAUUUAACCAAUUUACAUUGUAUUCUGGAUUUUUUCUGUGAAUUUAGUGAACAGUCACCUUGUGUUCUUUCAAGAUCUCUAUUACAAACAACUUUCCUGGUAGAUAACAAAAAGGUCUUUGGAACACAUCUCAUGCAAGACAUGGUGAAAGAUGCACUUCGGUCCUUUGUCAGUCCUCCGGUGCUUUCCCCCAAGUGCUGCCUAUAUAAUAAUCACCAGGCUAAGGACUGUAUUGACUCCUUUGUUACUCACUGUGUCCGGCCAUUCUGUAGUCUUAUUCAGAUCCAUGGACAUAAUAGGGCUCGACAGAGAGAUAAGCUCGGUCAUAUUCUUGAGGAAUUUGCUACCUUGCAAGAUGAGGCAGAGAAGGUUGAUGCAGCACUUCACACUAUGCUGUUGAAACAGGAACCCCAAAGGCAACAUUUGGCCUGUUUAGGUACCUGGGUCCUUUACCAUAAUCUUCGAAUUAUGAUACAGUAUCUUCUAAGUGGCUUUGAAUUGGAACUCUACAGCAUGCACGAGUACUACUACAUAUAUUGGUAUCUCUCUGAAUUCCUUUAUGCAUGGUUGAUGUCAACAUUGAGUCGUGCUGAUGGCUCUCAGAUGGCAGAAGAAAGGAUAAUGGAAGAGCAGCAGAAAGGCCGAAGCAGUAAAAAAACAAAGAAAAAGAAGAAAGUUCGCCCACUAAGCCGUGAGAUCACAAUGAGCCAGGCAUAUCAAAACAUGUGUGCUGGAAUGUUUAAGACCAUGGUAGCAUUUGACAUGGAUGGCAAAGUACGAAAACCCAAGUUUGAGCUUGACAGUGAACAAGUUCGUUAUGAACACAGGUUUGCUCCUUUCAACAGUGUAAUGACACCUCCACCAGUGCACUAUCUACAGUUUAAGGAAAUGUCUGACCUCAAUAAAUAUAGCCCUCCUCCUCAAUCUCCAGAACUGUAUGUGGCAGCUAGUAAGCACUUUCAGCAGGCAAAAAUGAUAUUGGAAAAUAUCCCAAACCCGGACCAUGAGGUCAAUAGAAUUUUAAAGGUUGCCAAACCCAACUUUGUGGUUAUGAAGUUACUGGCAGGAGGACACAAAAAGGAAUCUAAGGUUCCUCCUGAAUUUGAUUUCUCUGCUCACAAGUAUUUUCCUGUUGUGAAACUUGUUUGAGAAGGACUGAGAAGCUGACUACAAAGGGGUGUAGAAUCUAAUUUCAGAUUCCACACUUAGAGCAUAUGUCCAUCAGUCUUACCACAUAACAUGAAGUGAAAUGGAUUUCUUGGGUAACAACCCAUUAUAAGGAAUACUUUUAGUUUGGCAGCCUUAUAUGACGUGACUGAAACUGCUGUUUUAAAGUGGUUUAUUUUCCAUGGAUGAAACUGGUCUUACUGAAAGCAAUGAUGAAUGUUAUAUGGUUUUAUUACAGAUUUAAUCAUAAAUCAUUUUUUAUGAAUGAUUGAAAAUAGUGUUUGUAAAGGUUAAUAAAUUUCUUGACAAAAAAUGCACUGUUGGAGAUGAAAAACAAUAGCACUUUGUUGAUAAUGUUAACAACUGAAGGUGUUUACUCUUUAACCUUUGAGUAGUUCAAAAACAAGUUACCCAAAAGAAAUUUCAGAUCAAGGGACUUACUAUGUAUGGGAUUUUCAUAAAUACAUUUAAAAGGGAGUUAGGGGGGCCCCUAACCUAUAAAGGGAGAGUAGAUUCCAUGGGGAUUGUGAUUUUAUGUGUCAUUUCAUAAAUUGUUAAGAGUAUAGAUGUUUUUUAAAACAUCUGUUUUAACUGUUACUUUUGGUGCUUUUAAAAGAUUACAAAUUCCAUUUGCUAGCAACCUUAUUUAUACAAAAGGUAAGAAUGUAUAGAUUGUUAAUUUUGAGGUCUAGGUUUAAAGGUGGCAUGCUCCUUUUUGUUUACUUCAUAUUCUGUUUAACCACUUGGAAAAUUUUCAAAUAAGGCAUCUGUCUCUGUGAAUAUGUUCUGGCUAU